GUUAGGGUUGCAGGUUAUGAAGCUCUUGUCUUGUUCUCUUCGUCCUCCUCUGCAAACUCCUGUUCCUUGCCUUACAAGCAAACCAUGUCUGCCUUUGUCGGCAAGUACGCAGAUGAGCUGAUCAAGACGGCCAAGUACAUAGCCACACCCGGAAAGGGGAUAUUAGCGGCGGAUGAGAGCACUGGAACCAUAGGGAAACGGCUGGCGAGCAUCAAUGUCGAGAACAUCGAGUCGAACCGUCAGUCUCUCCGGGAGCUUCUCUUCACUUCCCCCGGUGCACUCUCUUACAUCUCCGGCGUUAUCCUUUUCGAGGAGACCCUUUACCAGAAAACCUCUGAUGGCAAACCCUUCGUCGAUGUCCUCGAGGAAAACGGAGUUAUCCCCGGGAUAAAAGUAGACAAGGGUGUGGUCGAACUAGCCGGGACCAAUGGUGAGACCACCACGCAGGGUCUGGACUCGCUUGGACAACGUUGCCAGCAGUACUACAAGGCUGGAGCACGGUUUGCCAAGUGGCGUGCCGUCCUGAAGAUUGGGCCCACCGAGCCAAGCGAACUGUCCAUCCAAGAGAACGCAAAGGGGCUUGCACGUUAUGCCAUCAUCUGCCAGGAGAAUGGGCUGGUCCCUAUAGUCGAGCCGGAGGUUCUGACCGACGGGAACCACGACAUCAAGAAAUGCGCCGCCGUGACCGAGACGGUUCUUGCCGCCGUUUACAAGGCUUUGAAUGAUCAUCAUGUUCUUCUUGAAGGCACUCUGCUUAAACCCAACAUGGUCACACCAGGCUCCGACAGCCCAAAGGUGGGACCGGAGGUGAUAGCGGAGUACACGGUGGCGGCUCUCCGCCGGACAGUACCGCCGGCCGUUCCAGGGGUCGUGUUUCUGUCGGGAGGGCAGAGCGAAGAGGAAGCGACACUGAACCUGGACGCCAUGAACAAGCUCGAGGUCCUGAAACCAUGGACGCUAUCCUUCUCCUUCGGGCGAGCUCUUCAGCAGAGCACUCUCAAGACGUGGGCCGGGAAGAAAGAGAAUGUCACCAAGGCUCAGGCCACGUUCCUCGUCCGGUGCAAGGCCAACUCCGACGCCACCAUCGGAAAAUACGCCGGCGGUGGCGCCGGUACCGGAUCCGCCGCCUCUGAGAGCUUGUUCGAGAAGGGUUACAAGUACUAGACGAUUUUGCGAAAGAAAUGAAAGGUGUCAGCUUUGGUGGUUUGGGGGUUAUAUAUGGAAAUUUCAUAUGUAUAUGUGACGUGGGUUUAACUCUAUAAUGUCGGAGAUUUGGUCCGUGUUAACUGUCUUUAUAUAUCGUCGUUUUUUUUGUCGUUAUUAUGUUUCGUUUUGCCAAGGAAAAAAAGGGAUAAGGUUUUCCCCAAACU